AUGAUGAUGAGCAGCAAAGAAGAAGAGAAAAAGUACCAAAAUAUUAUUACGGAAAAAUUAAGGGAACUGCUAGGUGAAUAUGAAGUGGACAUAUUAACGGAAUACGUUUGGCACAUGGCUGGCAAUGCCAAAAGUAGCCGAGAGUUUAUAUGCAAUGAGUUGAAGGAUUUCCUGGGAGACCACACCAACGUGUUUGUCGACUGGCUAAUGAAGCUCAUGGGCGAUAUUAAAAAACCACUAAAGAGUGAUAGCCCCUCGAAGAAUGAAAAGUCGUAUAAAUCGGAGAGUGGGAAGGAUAGGCAUCACGGCGGGGCUUCUCGAUCCAACAGGAGCAGGGAAUCCAAAUCAAGACAUUCCGCCACUCAAGGAAGGAGAACGAAGGACCACCAAAGGGAUUACGACUCCAGCAGAAGAGACACGUCCAUUACAAGAAGGCGGUCCAGAAGUUAUAGAAGCAGAAGCAGCAGGUACUCAUUGAACGAUGCAGAUUCGUUCAACAGAAGGAGAAACAAAAAAAGACAAAGAGGAGGAAUAGGCACAAGAUCCGUAUCGUCUAGUGUGAAUGCAAGAAAAUUUCACUACGACAGUAACAGACCUAGAUUCAAGAGAGGCGAAAAAGAAAUGGAUCGAAUGAAAGGAAGGGAUGAUAUGAAGUACAGAAGGGUUGGCAGAAGUGGCAGUAGCUCCAUGGCCCCUAGUAGAGUGAUCUACGUGGAAAAGGAGGAAGAGAAAAAAAUGAGUAAGUUUGGAGCACUGCAGGACGGUGCCCAAAAGAGGAAUGAUUUGGAAGGCAAACGAAUGAGCGACAGCGCAGAUGAGUACAACUCCAGCGAAAAGAAGAAUAAGGCCGUUCUAAAACCGAAUCCCCAGUUCGGAGGAGAUAAUCCCAUUCCCUUUUUGCAGCCAUCCGCUACGGGAAUGGCGAAUCACGAUAUGCCCAACUACCGCAUGAAUUUCCCAUACGAAAACGUAGGCCCGCAGCCGGGUUACGAUAAAGGAAUGAACCCUGCAGGGGGAAAUUACCAUCCAGGAAAUUACAUGCUAAGUCAACAGAAGCUCAUAGAUAAUAACGCCCUCAGUGGGAACAACUUUAUGCAGCCCCCCAUGCUGAAUAAUAGCUUCGUUAAUAAUAGGCACCCGAAUCGAAUGCACUUUAAUGCCCACAUGAAUAAAAAAGGUCCUCAUCCACCCGGAAAUUUUGUGAACCCUAAUAGCACACUGAAUCCCAGGAAUAAUCAACACAAUAUGUUUUUCUCGAAUAACAUGACGAAGCCGACUCCACCUCCUCCUUCGUAUAAUCCCCACGUACCUGCAUACACGCCACCAAAUUUUACAUCCCCUACGUUUACGCCUCCUUUGAAUACAAGACAGAAACAUUUUAAUGCACCCCAUAUGGCGACGGAGAGGAGAGUGCCUAUGAAAGGUCAGCCACCCAAUGGGUCCCACCCGUCAAAUGUUGCUGUAAAGGAAGAUGGUAAACAAAUCGCUGCAGCGGAGCAAGGGGCAGAGUCAGCAGAAGCAGAAGCAGGGGGUGACGGAAUUGGCGACAACGCGAAUUCGAGUGGGCUAUUAAAUGCAGACGCUCCCCAAGGACCCAACCCGGACGACCCAGCGGAUGCCAAGAACACCGUUGCAAAGAUUCCGAAGAAGUGCGCCUACCUGCCGAACUGCCAGUAUGGAGACAAGUGUCGUUACAUUCACCCCGUGGAAAACUGCCGCAACUGGCCGUACUGCGCCUUCGGAUCCGAGUGCAUCUACAUCCACCCCAAUGUGCCCUGUAAAUUUGGUUUGUACUGCGCGAACUACUACUGCAACUAUUCGCAUGACCACGUGGACACAGCGAAUCUGCCCGAGGUUGGCAUGAACGGAUACUUCCUGAACAAAAAAUUAGUAAAUAACAACGACAAGGGGAAUAAUAGCGGUGCCAACUUUGACGAUAAGGUAGCGCAAAUCUCCAUCAGCAUGCCGAAGACCCCACCAGAAAUGAAAAAGGACAACAGAACAAAAAAUUCUUACAACGAAAAUGAAUACCUGCAAAGUAUGCUGGAUGCAGAGGGACAACAAUUAAAUCAGGACAACAUGACACACGAACAUGCAGGUGAACUGAAUGGGAAUAACAAUUUAGGAGAGGAACAGGGAGUUGACCCCACAAAUGAAGGGAUGGAAGAUUGUGGCCUACUUGAUAAUGCAGGAGAAGAAUUCCAUGGGCAUCAAAUGGGAGAAGACCCAUGUGCUAAUGGGACAAAUGAAAAGGGAACGCUCGAUUACAACUGUUUCGACAUUGUAGUUAACCCGGACGGUGUAGGAACAGCAGAGGGGGGACAGGAGGAAGGGGCAUAA